AAAGGAUAGGUAGAGAGACUACUAAAGAACAUAGAGAAAAGACAGUAUCUAGCCUCACCCAUAUCUAACCAAUCAAAAUCCGCCUCAUUAUCCCUUAUGCCUGACCCCUUGGAUUCCCGUCUUCACUCAUUCCUUAUCUCCCUCCCAUCCCCGCAUCACAACACACGCUCUCUCUCUCUCUCUCUCUCUCUAUGGCCACCAAUUCUCUUCCGUCCCUCCACCGCUACCCUCUCAGCAGGCGCCAGAACUCAGACAGCCUUCCUUCCACCCUACCCUCUUCUCUCUUCCUCAAAGCCACCACAACCACCACCUCUUCAACCUCUUUCUCCCAUAAACUCUGCUCUACCCACUUCACUAUCUUCUCCACAACUUCCACCACCAGUACUACCACCGCAACCUCACAAACACUCUCCUUUGACACCCUCCAACAACACCUAUCAUCCAAUGACUACCGGCAAGCCGAUGAAGAAACUCGCCGUCUCCUUAUUGUCCUCGCAGGUGAAGCAGCUCAGGAGCGUGGCUAUGUCUUCUUCUCAGAAGUCCAAUUCAUCUCGGAAUCCAACCUCCAGACCAUAGACAAUCUCUGGCGGCAGUACAGCAAUAAUAAAUUCGGUUACAGUGUUCAGAAGAGAAUAUGGGAGAAGGUUAAUAGGGACUUCACCAAAUUUUUCUUGAAGGUUGGCUGGAUGAAGAAGCUUGACACUGAAGUUGAGCAGUACAAUUACAGGGCAUUUCCAAGUGAGUUCAUUUGGGAACUGAAAGAUGACACACCUGAGGGCCACCUCCCUUUGACAAAUGCUCUUAGAGGGACUCAACUCCUCAACAGGAUUCUAAGCCACCCUGCUUUUCAGUCCAUGGAAGAGGAAGAAGAGAAUGAUGGGACACAAGACAAGGGAGCUGAUGAGAUGAAGCAAAGGCCAAAACCUGGGGAUAAGAGAGUAUCCAAACCAGACUAUAGCUUCUGAAUUUGCUUUUCUCCAAUAUCUGUUUUGAGUUUCUAUGUUUAAUUUUUCUGUCAUUUUUAAUCCCAUUGGGCAUUGCAGUUGAGUUUUUGCUUUCUCAGUGAUCUGAAAGCUUGUGCCCAAUGGCAGAAUUAGCAAAUAUAAUUUUAAUCCCCCUGAAAACAGGGCAUUGCGUUUGGGUGUAGAUAAA